AGCAAAACAUAAACAUGGCUUACAUGGCCGUGCUAUGGAGCGUCUUCAUUCAUUGAUUUUAAUUUUAAUUAAGAUACUUAGGUUUUUGGAAUAAAGUUUUACUUAUAUAAUUAUUGCAACAAAUAAGAAUGUUUGGUUAAAAGAGUAGCGACGCAGUACAGUUUUUAUACUUUAAUUGGCAAUUUGGAGUCCAAGAUGGAGGGAAAGAAAAUAUCGUUUGGUUUUAUGAAAACAAAAAAAGCGGAGAAAGUUACAGUCGAAGACAAGAAAGAAUUCAUAGAAUGUGUUGAAGAGAAGUCGAUAAAAGUAAUUGGUGGUGAUGAAGUAAGAGAAAUUGCACCCUUAGUCAUACCAAUGAAACCAAAUACACUAAUAACAGCGGAAAAAAUGAAAAAAAUUGCUGAAGAAGUAGAAAGUGCCAUGAAUGAACCUGAGCCCGGCGAGAAACCUAUUGAAGAUAACAAACCUCAAGUAAAACCCUCAAAUGAGACAUUAGAUCAGAUGGCCGUGAGGGAAUUGUUAGAGGAAGCUAAGAAAGAGAAAAAGGAAGAAUCCCUGGAAUUGACAGUGGCAGUGCCAGCAAACCCAAUAAUGGCUGGGGAGAAAGAGUCUACCCUGGAGGACUAUGAGGCAGUACCUAUUCAAGAUUUUGGCAUGGCUAUGCUGCGUGGCAUGGGCUGGCAACCAAACAAAGACCAAUCCAAAUACAAACAACCUCAGCUUCGGCCAAAGGGACUGGGUUUAGGGGCCGAUAAAGUUGUAUCAGAGAACCAGAAGAAAAAGUCCACUAAGGAUAAUCAAGAAGAACUUUCUAUUGUCAAGAACUCCUAUGUGAAGAUAACCACUGGGAAACAUAGUGGAUAUUACGGAAAGGUUGUGAGUCUUGAUGAAGACAAUGGCCGAGUCAUGGUAGACAUUCCAGUCAAGAAGGAAACUGUCAGUAUGAGUGAAUUCAUGAUGCAUCCAGUCACUAAGUCAGAAUUUGAUAGAGAAUCCAAAGUUAUAAAUGCAGAUUCGUUUGAAGCAUAUAAAAAGAAUGAAAAAAUAUCCCAAAAGUCUUCUGGGAAUGAUUCUCCAAGAAUAGACAAAGAUGCUUCUUCGAGUAAGAAAGUAGAAAGGGACAAUAGGAAAGUCUCCAAAGAAGACAGGCAUAGAGAAAAAAGCAGCUCAAAUGGAAAGAGUAGAGAUAAGGAGAGAAAUAGACACAGGAGAGAUUCUUCUAGCAGUGAUGACAGAUCUAGCAGAAGGAGAAAGGAGAAGAGAUAUAGUAGCAAUGAUUCCCUAAGUUCACUUUCCGAUAAGGACAAAAGAAAACAUAAAAAACGUUAUAGCAGUAGUGACUCAGAUUCUUCAAGAAGGGAGAGAAGAAAGAAGACUCCAGAAGGAAAAAGGGAUAUUGAUAAGAAAAGAAAGGGAAAGAAAAAGAAGAGAGAUAGAGAUCGCUCACCUAACUACAAAAAGCAUAGGAAAUAAGUUUUAAAUGGAAAUACAUCUAUUGCGUAAGA